AAGACGUUUUGCUGCACUGCUGUGAGCUGAGGUGCAUCGAGUGAUACUUCUCUAUUAUUUAUUACCUUUUAGUUUUGCUGGUACCAGCAUGUGAUGGUGCAACUACUAACAGCUACAGGAGGUAUACUUCUUGUAUUUUCCGUACCACCUCGCUAAUUCAUCAGGCAAAAGCGUGGAAGCAGGGAAUGCGAACGCGCUGCAGGAUCAGACCAACAACACCCUCCCCUCCAGAGACUGCUAUGCGCGUUGACGUCAUGUGUGCUCCUUUCAGUUUCUAUAGCAACCUUUUUCCCUAACCCCCUGUCUGUCUCCUCUGGUAGGUUCCACAAUGGUACAGCCAGCAUCUUGCUGCACAAUGGUUGCAAGACUGUGAAGGGGAGUGAUUCAGCAAGUGAAAUAUCUUGAUUUGUUUUCUGUCUUUCUCUGGAGCUUUUAUUUGUUUUAAUUUAACCGUUUUGUGAUAUUUAGUUUUUUGUCACUCACACGUCAGAAUGUUUUGAAAAGGACAGUCGCUGGACCAGGAUUGUCGUCAGCUUGCACGGAAUGGUAUUUAUGAGCCAUCAUUUCUUGUAUUACUUCAGCGAACCUAUCCUGGAUGUGAAGAUUGCCUUUUGUCAGGUGUGUGUUCCAUACAGGUAAACAAGGGAUUUGGUAAACAAGUGGAUGUUUCAUACAUCGCCAAACAUUACAACAUGAGCAAAAGCAAAGUGGACAACCAGUUCUACAGCGUGGAAGUAGGAGACUCCACCUUCACAGUUCUCAAACGGUACCAGAACCUCAAGCCCAUUGGUUCCGGGGCUCAGGGGAUAGUUUGUGCUGGAUAUGAUGCUGUCCUUGAUAGAAAUGUGGCCAUUAAAAAGCUUAGUAGACCGUUUCAGAACCAAACCCACGCCAAACGGGCAUACAGGGAACUUGUGCUCAUGAAAUGUGUCAACCAUAAAAAUAUAAUCAGCUUAUUAAAUGUUUUUACAUCACAGAAAUCUUUAGAAGAGUUCCAGGAUGUUUACCUAGUAAUGGAGCUGAUGGAUGCCAACCUUUGUCAAGUGAUUCAGAUGGAGCUUGACCAUGAGAGGAUGUCCUACUUACUCUACCAGAUGCUGUGUGGCAUCAAACACCUUCACUCAGCAGGCAUUAUCCACAGGGACCUGAAACCAAGCAAUAUUGUGGUGAAGUCAGAUUGUACGCUUAAAAUCCUUGACUUUGGACUGGCAAGAACUGCAGGCACAAGCUUCAUGAUGACUCCAUAUGUGGUGACUCGCUACUACAGGGCACCUGAAGUCAUUCUGGGAAUGGGAUACAAAGAAAAUGUUGAUAUAUGGUCUGUUGGGUGCAUUAUGGGAGAAAUGGUUCGGCACAAAAUCCUCUUUCCAGGAAGGGACUACAUUGACCAGUGGAACAAGGUCAUUGAACAGCUGGGCACUCCGCUUCCAGAGUUCAUGAAGAAACUGCAGCCGACAGUGCGCAACUAUGUGGAGAAUAGACCCAAGUACGCUGGACUCGCGUUCCCUAAGCUAUUCCCAGACUGCCUCUUCCCGGCAGACUCCGAACACAAUAAACUCAAAGCCAGCCAGGCCAGAGACCUUUUGUCAAAGAUGCUUAUUAUUGAUCCUGCUAAACGGAUAUCAGUUGAUGAAGCCUUACAGCACCCGUACAUUAAUGUUUGGUAUGAUCCAGCUGAGGUGGAGGCGGACGGAGAUCUCGUCAAAAUAUCUGUGCCUCCUCCGGAGAUCUAUGAUAAACAACUUGAUGAAAGAGAACAUACCAUCGAUGAAUGGAAAGAACUAAUCUACAAAGAAGUAAUGAACUUCGAGGAGAAAACUAAAAAUGGUGUUGUGAAGGGACAGCCAUCUCCUUCAGGUGCAGCUGUGAACAGUAGUGAAAGCCUCCCUCCGUCCUCUUCCGUCAACGACAUCUCCUCCAUGUCCACUGACCAGACCCUGGCGUCUGACACUGACAGCAGCCUGGAAACUUCUGCAGGACCCCUCGGUUGUUGCAGUUUGUGUCUGGCUGUGCAAUGCUGCUGAUGCUGGAAAAUACAGACUGCUGUCCUUUUCAUGCGUACUGAGUUUUUUCACUGAUAGCUCAUUAUCCUGGAACGGGAAACGAAAGAUACAGCCGACUGCCUAAAAACAUCAAACUGGAAUGCAUGAACUCUUUUUACAGUGAUCCCAAAUUUGGCAAGUGCCUUUAAAUACAGAAUUAUUUCCAACCCAAUGGAAAAGGAAAAAGUUUAAACAAACCAAACUCCCUCACAUUGAAAACAAUGAUUAAUCAGGCAAAGUACAAUUGCUUCAAAGAGUUUUACUUAGUUAAUCUCCUGUUUUUCUCCUAAAUGUCCUUGGUAAGCACUGCACCCCUGCUCAUGGAAGCAGUCCCUGCUGGGAGAGGCCGAGGCUCAGAGCAGCCGCAUGGUUUUACUUAGCCAGUGCCUGCCAUUUCUCAGUCACAGGACAGGACUUGGUUCAGUGAUGCAGAGGCUCCAGGUUUUUCCCUGUCCUUGUAGGAACUGCUCCCUGCAAGUGUAGUUAAGUGGCCCCUCUCCUCCCUGCAUUGCCAAAAAACCCAACCCGCACUGCUGGGGUGUGACCCUCAAAAAAAAAGUGUUUGGGGUGGUAAAGAGACAAGCUUGGAAACCGCUAUAAUUGCUAUGUAAUGUAGCUAAAAUAUUUUUUACUAGUGUAUAUGGCAGACAGGUUGACAAUGCUGUUGAACUCUUACAGAUCAAAAAACUAAAUUAGGGGUUGUGAAAUUCAGAAUCAAUCAAAUCAGACAGAGGUUAAUGCUUGGUUUAUUGAUGAUUUUGCAUUGAUCAUUUUAUUUUUAAAGAUACAUUGACGUUGAAUUUUUUAAAAAUAUUUUGCGGAUUGGAAGGCUCACCACUGUUUUGCAUGAUUGUUGUUUCUGUUCAAAUGAACAAGCCUAUUUAAUGUCUGACAUGCAUAAGGUCUCAUUUACCUUUCCUAUGAUGGCAUGCAUUAUUUGAAAAUCACAUCCAUCCAGAGGUGUAAAGCUUAAAAGCUAUUAUAUAUCUAUUGGUACAUUGGAAUUAGACAUUCAAAUAUUAGUAUUUCAUCAAAAUGCAGCAGACCUCUCCACUUAAGUGUAUGUCUAUUGCAAGCACAAUGAAUUUCAUUUUCCAGAUCAGCAGUAAUGUGUGCACUGCAGCAGCAUAUUUUGUAAAUUAAUCACAGCCGUUUCUAAUCGUUUUACCUGAGGUCAAGCUGAAAGUUCAUAUAUUGGUUGGAUGAAUCUGAAUUUCAAAAGAUACUCAAAGUAAGACAGUAAAGAUGAUGCAGCUGCAUUGUCCAUUAUAAGUCAGUUCAAAAGUCUUGCUCCACAGAACAUCAGAACCACCAUUGCUGUCAGCACCUGCUUUUAGCUAGUGUGUGUAGUUAUGCUGCAUAGAUGCAUUUCUUGCCUAUUAUCACAGCAACUUCCAAUUUAAACUGAACAUUGAAGUCUGUUAUUAGUAAAACAUCACACAAUAAUCUCCUAUUGUUCUUUGGAAUAAGACACCACUGUGUAAGCUCAGCUGGUAAUAAGGACAAAGCUAUUGGUAACCCUGCUCUACAUGUUGUAUACAUUGUAUGUAAUGCCUGCUUACCAUUUCACUGAGAAAUGCUCAUUGCGUUUCAACACUUAGGUGUGAGAGUUGAGUGUUUCUCUAUCAAUUGAAAGGGUAUUUUUUGUAGAGUUUAACACUGUAUGCAUUCCAGAGAUCACCAUACUUUGAAACCUAGCAAUCAAUUUUGCAUGCACAGUAUUCCCAAAUCAUGAUUGUAGAUGGUACUUGCCUAGUUAACUGAAUAUACUGCUGGCCCUAUAUAUAUAUAUAUGCAUUUCAAUAAUAUGUACCUUCUUAUACCCUUUGCCAAACAAAACUGAUAUAAAGAUGUACCAUAUGUGAAUGUAUGAUUUGUAGGAAACAAGAACAUAAAAAGGGUCACACAGAAGUUUAUGGAGCUGUCAGGCCAUUUCAUUUGGAUGGAAAGGGAUUUUAAACUGUUGUGUUUAUUCCAAGGUGCUGAGUUUUGUACCUGUUAAUCAUUCAGGACUGAUCAUAUCUCAGACCCCUAAAGUCAUUAAACCAAACUGUAAAGUAUAUUACAGAUGGACAUGUUGGUAAGAAUGUCAUUGUUGACUAGAUGUGCUGUAGUAAAUUUUGUAUUGGAACUUUAAAAGUCAAGUUCCUGUUCAUGCUGCCUUAGAAUCACAUUUUUAUUUUACCUUAUUUUGGAAAUCUACACUAAAACAAAACCUGGAGCAUACAGGGCCCAUAUUUCAUAAUGAUAACACUGCAAGGUUUUCAAAUCUUCUGAUACUAAAAAAGACAUUGAAGUUCUUGAAAAUAAAUCCUUUCGGAUUACCUGUAACAAGUAUAAUACUGUAGGUAAGCUUGGUGCUGGGGUUAGCAUAGGUGCCCCAUCCAUAUUCCUUUGAAACUCAUCAGUUGAAGCAAUCCUACCUGUCAAACAGAAACAUCAUUUCUCCCUUGGUGACAAGAGAUUGGGCCAGGAAAUUCUCCAUUGAUAAAUAUGAUUGCUUUUAUUGUUUUGUUAUGUUUUUUACCUAAACCCCUUCUGAAAGUUCUGUCUCACUACAGACUUUUUAAAACAAAUCCAAGCUUAGGCUAUUCAUACAAACAUACUUUUGAACAUGUUUCAAAUAUUAUACCUCAUUGCAGAUUAUUAUGCUUGGCAAGUCCAUUAGAGAAAAAGAUUUGUCAGGAACGACCAAGAACUACUGCUUGCAUAAUUGUAUGAUGUAUAUUAUACAAAUCAUGUUUUCUCAUAGGUUUACCACCUAUCCUGUUUUAACUCUAAACUAAAUAGUUUUUAAUUCAACACAUUUAAUGUUAAGGGUCUGUAUGUUUAGUAAGCAGUCAUCAAUACUGGCAGUGCUAUCAAUGGACUUGUUUUAAGUCAGUGGACAUGUUUUUCUCAUAUAAAAUACAAUGCAAUAAACAAUUCACUCCAAUAGGGGCAAGGGUGGCUGCUGUUACUAUAGAUACAAUUAAAUGUUUAGAAACUUGUGUCAUGUCUAAUUCAAAAGACAAAUACAAAAUCAGGUGGUGUUUCUUUUUUUUCUCUACUGUUUGUGAACCAUUUUGUUAAGAUGUAAGAUUGAAUUUCUGUAUCAGGUUCCUACUGCAGUGCUUUGUAAGUAUGCCCGUUUUUCAAUCUCCAGCUCCAGGAUAGGUCUGAAUUAAAAAAAAAUACUAAUAAUAAUAACUGAUCAGGCACUCAACAUUUUAAAGGUACCAUGUAUGUAAAAAUAAAUAUAUGUAUGUGACUGAAAAUAAAGGAAAACUUUGAAAUUGGAAA